UGACAACCCUCAGGAAAUGAAGCCGCGACGGCCAGUGUCUCAUCCAACAAGUAGAGCUGCCCCGGGGCGUGGGGGGCCUGGGCAAACAGAACAAGGGCAUAAACAGGAGCCAGGUAGUUGUUUGCAUGGCAGCAUGAAGACAUAUAUUACGAUCUUUGGAACUUUUGAGAGACUGUUAUCCGGCUUUCUCGUGCACCUGUCAUAUCUUCCAAUUGGCUCCUGACUGUGCAGUGCAAGCUCUUUGCAUAUCCCUCUCCGCUGCCAGCGCUUUGGACAGAAGGAGCGUUGGAUAAAUGUUGGAGAACCAUCAGUGAGAGAAACACCCAAGCCGUAUUCCACUGUGCGAGAAUCCCAAGCACUAGACUGGGAUCCCAGCCCCACUGCAAAUGAGCUAUGUGACCUGGGACACCACGUCAGCUCUCCGAACCUGCUUUCAGAAACCCACCGGCCCUCCAAUACCGAGGAUGAGGAAUCCUGAGGAAUCCGGGUCUCUGUCCACAAGGCAGGAAGCAGAGCUGCGCCUCUCCGGAAAGCUCAGUGACUAUGUUGUGACAGUGCCAUGCAGCACAGAUUUUCGGGGACGCUUCCUCUCCCACGUGCUGUCUGGGCCAGCAGCAGCCUCCUCAGGGAGUGCAAUAGUGGAUGAGCCACCCGCACCACGGUCACGCUCAGGUCACCUCCGGGUGGCCCGCAGCCCCCUGCGCCGCAAAGGAGCCACCCUGCAGCCUGGCCGGGUGGGGCGCUCCUCCCUCUACUUCAAUGUUACUGUUUUCGGGGAGGAACUGCAUUUGCGCCUACGGCCCAACCGACGGCUGGUGGUGCCCGGAGCCUCCGUGGAGUGGCAGGAGGAUUUUCGGGAGCUGUUCCGACAGCCCUUGCGGCGGGAGUGUGUCUACACCGGGGACGUCACGGGCAUGCCAGGGGCAGCUGUCGCCAUCAGCAACUGCGACGGAUUGGCGGGCCUCAUCCGCACCGAUAGCACCGACUACUUCAUAGAGCCCCUGGAGUGGGGGCAGCAGGAGAAGGAGGCCAGCGGGAGGACACACGUGGUGUACCGCCGGGAAGUCGGCCAGCAGGAGUGGGCGGAGCCUGGAGGGGACCUCCACAAUGAAGCCUUUGGCCCGGGCGACCUCCCCAACCUGCUGGGCCUGGUGGGCAACCAGCUGGGCGACGGGGAGCGGAAGCGGCGGCAUGCCAAGGCGGGCAGCUACAGCAUCGAGGUGCUGCUCGCGGUGGAUGACUCCGUGGUGCGCUUCCACGGCAAGGAGCACGUGCAGAACUACGUUCUCACCCUCAUGAACAUCGUGGAUGAGAUUUACCACGAUGAGUCCCUGGGCGCCCACAUAAACAUUGCCCUUGUCCGCUUGAUCAUGGUCGGCUACCGGCAGUCUCUGAGCCUGAUCGAGCGGGGGAACCCCUCUCGCAGCCUGGAGCAGGUAUGUCGCUGGGCACACUCUCAGCAGCGCCAGGAUCCCAGCCACGCAGAGCACCAUGACCACGUCGUCUUCCUCACCCGGCAGGACUUUGGGCCCUCAGGGUAUGCGCCUGUCACUGGCAUGUGCCACCCGUUGAGAAGCUGUACCCUCAACCACGAGGAUGGCUUCUCCUCGGCCUUCGUGGUGGCUCACGAGACCGGCCACGUGCUCGGCAUGGAGCAUGACGGUCAGGGGAAUGGCUGCGCGGACGAGACCAGCCUGGGCAGCGUCAUGGCACCCCUGGUGCAGGCUGCCUUCCACCGCUUCCACUGGUCCCGCUGCAGCAAAGUGGAGCUGAGCCGCUACCUCCCGAAAGGAGAGCUGGGGAGCACCGGCCUCAGCCUGGCUCACCUCCUUGUCUCCGCCGGCAGCUCCUACGACUGCCUCCUCGAUGACCCCUUUGCGCCCGCCUGGCCCCAGCCCCCGGAGCUGCCGGGCAUUGACUACUCGAUGGACGAGCAGUGCCGCUUUGACUUCGGCUCUGGAUACCAUACCUGCUCUGCGUUCCAGACCUUCGAGCCCUGCAAACAGCUGUGGUGCAGCCAUCCUGACAACCCGUACUUCUGCAAGACCAAGAAGGGGCCCCCGCUGGACGGGACAGAGUGUGCCCCUGGCCAGUGGUGCUUCAAAGGUCACUGCAUCUGGAAGUCGCCGGAGCAGACUUACGGCCAGGAUGGAGGCUGGAGCUCCUGGACCAAGUUCGGGUCAUGUUCACGGUCAUGCGGAGGUGGCGUUCGAUCCCGGAGCCGGAGCUGUGACAAUCCCCCCCCAGCCUACGGAGGCCGCCUGUGCUCAGGGCCCAUGUUCCAGUACCAGGUGUGCAACAGUGAGGAGUGCCCGGGGCCCCACGAGGACUUCCGGGCCCAGCAGUGUGCGAGGCGCAACUCUUAUUACAUCCACCGGGACGCCAAGCACAGCUGGAUCCCCUACGAGCCAGAAGACGAUGCCCAGAAGUGUGAGCUGAUCUGCCAGUCGGAGGACACAGGGGAUGUGGUCUUCAUGAACCAGGUGGUCCACGACGGGACCCGCUGCAGCUACCGGGACCCAUACAGCGUCUGUGCCCGCGGCGAAUGUGUGCCCGUUGGCUGUGACAAGGAGGUGGGGUCCAUGAAGGCAGAUGACAAGUGCGGUGUCUGUGGCGGCGACAACUCUCACUGCAGGACUGUGAAGGGGACACUGGGCAAGGCCUCCAAGAAGGCAGGAGCUCUCAAACUGGUCCAGAUCCCGGCGGGUGCCAGGCACAUCCAGAUCGAGGAGCUGGAGAAGGUUCCCCACCACAUUGCGGUGAAGAACCAGGUCACAGGCAGCUUCAUCCUCAACCCCAAGGGCAAGGAAGCAAUGAGCCGGACCUUUACUGCAAUGGGCCUGGAGUGGGAGUAUGUGGUGGAGGACGCCAAGGAAAGCCUCAAGACCAGUGGGCCCCUGCCCGAAGCCAUCGCCGUCCUGGUGCUCCCCCCAGCUGAGGGUGGCCCCCGCAGCAGCCUGGCCUACAAGUACAUCAUCCAUGAAGACUUGCUGCCCCUUAUUGGGAGCAACAACGUGCUCCUGGAGGAGACGGACACCUACGAGUGGGCGCUCAAGAGCUGGGCCCCCUGCACCAAGGCCUGCGGAGGAGGGAUCCAGUUCACCAAAUACGGCUGCCGGCGCCGGCGAGACCACCACAUGGUCCAGCGGCACCUGUGUGACCACAGGAAGAGGCCCAAGCCCAUCCGCCGGCGCUGCAACCAGCACCCGUGUGCCCAGCCUGCGUGGGUCAUGGAAGAGUGGGGUGCCUGCAGCCGGAGCUGUGGGAAGCUGGGGGUGCAGACCCGGGGGGUUCAGUGCCUGCUGCCCCUCUCCAACGGGACCCACAAGGCCAUGCCGGCCAAGGCCUGCCCUGGGGAUCGGCCCGAGGCCCGGCGGCCCUGCCUCCGCGUGCCCUGCCCAGCCCAGUGGCGCACGGGAGCCUGGUCCCAGUGCUCCGCCACCUGCGGGGAGGGCAUCCAGCAGCGGCAGGUCGUGUGCCGGACCAACGCCAACAGUCUUGGGCAGUGUGAGGGGGAGAAGCCGGACACUGUCCAGGUCUGCAGCCUUCCCCGCUGUGGAGGCAAUCUCCAGAACUCUACAGCGAGAGCUGACAUUCGGGAACUUGUGACCCCAGAAGGACAGUGGGUGCCACAGUCUGGGCCCCUACAUCCCAUGAACAAGAUAUUAUCAACGGAGCCCUGCGUGGGGGACCAGUCCAUCUUCUGCCAGACGGAAGCACUCGAUCGCUACUGCUCCAUCCCCGGCUACCACCGGCUGUGCUGUGAGUCCUGUUCCAAGACGGCCCUGGGCCCCGACACCAGCCCGGACCCUGGCCUGGCCUCGCCGCCACCAUUCGCUACUCCCGGGAGUCCGAAGUCCCCUCCAGAUGCUGUGGAGCCCACUGUGGGAACAACAGGGUCAGAUGCCCAUCAGCACGGCCAGCCCACACAACUCCCGAGACCUCUGGGCACCAGCCCCCCGGUGACCCAGCACCGCUUUACUCCCCAGACACUGGGCCCCAGAGCAGCUGGGGGCACCUCCCCUGGCACCCCCCGGGGACUGCCUUGGGGCUGGACCAGGGCACCUGUGCCAGUCUCCGAGGAAAAAGGGCGGCUCGGGGAAGACCCGAAGCACCCAGGCACCAGCCUUCCCGCCACCUCCCUGGGGACAUGAGCCCCGCCUCGCCUAUCCCUCCAGUCAAGUUUACACUGUGUGCUGCCUCAGAGACCGCCAGCUCAGAGGACACGCAGCGGGGGCAGCGGCAAACACAGACUUCCUUCUAAAUUAUUUGCCUUCUUGUUGUUCUAGUUUGGGGGCUGUGACACUUGAGCCCGUGAAGCGGGCGCGUGAGGAGGAAAAAGAUCAGGGGAAGCCCUAACCGGAGAUACCUCAGCAAGCAGCCAGGGGGACAGUCGCACCUCUCAGGGGCUCCCCGUCUGUCUCUUGGCAGGACUGAGGGCCAGCUAGCACCCCCUCCUCCCCCACCCCGGAUCCUUCCAGCUGCCUGCCUUUGCCAGAACUUGUGGGGUCCACUGUGGAGGUCCUAUCUGGCCUCUCUCCCCAGAGAGGCAAAGUGGGACCAGGGAAGGUGAGGGGGGAGCACUCUCAGGGCAGUCCACGAAGAAGGGGGCGAGGGGUGAGUGUGGUCAUGACGCUCUGGCUGCAGGGCCGGGGUGGGUGGGAGGCGAGUUCGUCUCAGACCCAGCUCUUCAUAGCAAGAGCGCCACACAGCUCCUCCAGCCAAGGCCAAGGCCAAGGCCAGAACCCACCUCGCCCUUGCUGGCCGGAAGGCAGUGUUGGUGACCACCUCUGCCCCACGCACAUGGCACCUCCUGUUACUUCCGGUGCAUCCCAACCUCACCCGGUCCAGCCCAGAGAAGGGGGCCCCGGACAGUCUGGAAUGCGUGUUCUCGUCAUCUGGGGCGUUCACAACUGGUGCUAGACCCCUGGCUGCACCAGGAAGGUCAACUUCGGUCGUCACUUUGCAGCAUGAAAGGAGCCCGGCCCGGAAGGUGACUCUCUGGGACACAGGGAUGUGAGUUCUCAGGUUGUGCCCCAUCCAUCAUCGUUCGCUGCCAAAGACCACACCUGCUGGAGUCAGGGGUCUUCUCCCACCUGGCCGGGGCUGGGCCAGAAGUUUGUGGUGCUAGGGUAACGGGGUGCAGUCAGGUCCCAAGGCUGAGGACCACAGUCCACCCAGGCCCAAGUCCCAGGGCAGGAUGUGAGCCUUUGCCCCAUGCCUGGCGGGGAGGGGGGGGGGGGAGGUGACAUGACCCACAGCGCUGUGGGGCCUCAGCUACCCUCCGUGUUACCUCCAAAGGCAGGUAACUUCCCUAGACCCCCUGGCUCCCAGGAAGCCCCUUGGGGUGCCAGGAUUUCUCCCAAGGGUCCUCAUUCCCAGUCACACAGAGGGUGUCCCGGACUCCUCAGCAGGUGACAGAGGUGCUUGCCUGCCUGCCUUCCUGGGGGCAGAGCAGCUGUUCUGAGCCAGGCUAGAGGCCUAGGAGCAGUGGGUCCCCACCCCCACAACCCCUGGAGAACAGAGGCCCGGAGGGGGCUCCCCAGCCGUCCUCUCCACCUGCUGCCACCCCCUCCCUGGGCCGCUGGGGCACACACUGAAAUCAUUCCUGUGAGACCCAGCCUGCCGGCGUUGUGCCUCUGAGAUCCGGAUCUUUACACGUUUAUGUAUUUAUUAACAUUGUCCUUGGUGUUUCGUUUUGGACCCCCAGGUGGCGUGUUGUGUUUUUCUCGUUGUCUCUGUUUUAGAGGAAAAGGACGGUGAAGCCUCCCUCUCAUGUACUCUGCUGGGCAAGGUGCCUGGGGGUAGGGGAUGGAUGGGGGAGCAAAGCCGAAGAGGCUCGACCCUCAGCCUCCCUGCCUCGGCCUCACUCGCUCUUGGGCUCCUCGGAGCACCAGCUCAGGGAAGAGAGGCCAGAAAGCACCGUGGGCCGGGGAGGGGGGGGGGGUGCCGCCCUCGAGUAGCUCUGUGGCCUUGGGCAGGUCACCAUCCGCGUGGAGGUGCCUGGGAGGUAGUUUUGGGGUGUGCAUAGGGACAGCAAGGGGUGGCUUCCCUAGAGGGGGGGCGAGCACUCUCCCUGGAAAGUCCAGGCGGAAUGAGAGGGCCGGGUAGGCGGGGGAAGGGACGUGACGCCGGGGGAGCAGGGAGGGCUGGCACGUAGCAGGAAUAACUUAAAGCCACCCAUCCGUGGGGGCGCCUGGGUGGCUCAGUUGGUUAGGCCUCCGACUCUUGAUGUCGGCUCAGGUUAUGAUCUCGCGGCUCGUGAGUUCAAGCCCUGAUUUGGGCUCCGUGCUGACAGUGUGGGAUUC